CAGGCGGCUGAUCUCCUUCAUUCUAGCAGCGGCCGCCGGAGACAAAACCAGCUCGGGCCGAAGGUAGAGACACACAACUACACCGAGUGCGGACCUGCCGCACGUACAACAGCUUUCAGCCGAGAUCGGCCCAGAGAGAAAAAGCGUCUGUCAGCCAGAAGUGUUUUGUAGAGUCGGCGCGGCUCUGGCCCAUUAUCUUCUCACCGACGUCGUGACUGAGCCGACAGUGCCGCAUUUCAGCCAGAAUCGGCCCGAGUGUGCUUGCUAUGUGGGUCGCACCGAGCGCUGAAGAGAUAAUCACCGUAUAAUACUACAAUGAAGCGCUUUACUGUAGUGUAACAACCAAAUGCAUCAUAUACGAGAUAAAUAAUAUACACGAUAUAAAUAAACCGACUGAAACGUUUUGAAAUCACUUGUUCUACCCAACCCAGUCUCUUACUACUGCGUACCUAUACAACGAGUUUGCACUUUCAUUUGGCGUAGUAUUUACACGCCAAAGUCACAUUUUUCGUUCACACUGUACGCGAAUCCCUCCCGUUAAACUUCCAUUGAUGGAAAAUGCGUAUGCAUUGUACGCAGUGAAUGGAUUAUAUUUCAACGUCAUCACCAUUGUCCCGCCCCUUCAAUCAUACUCAAGAUUUCAUUUUGCGCAGGUGCCGCCGCAUAUGCAGAAAUACAUAUUUAGGUUUUGUUUAUUUAUUUAUUUUACAGAAGCAUAUUGUAGCCUACAUUACUCAGUAUAGGGACGAAUGUUGAACUACAUCUAACACUGAGCUUGCUCCUUAAUAGUCGGGCGAUUGCUUUUAUAGUGCUAGUUAUAAUUCUGUCUGCUUUUGUUUUUUGGUUUGUGCUUAAUGUUACGCACAUUUAUGUUUUUGUUUGUGUUUGUAUUCGGAAUAGUAAAAGUAUUAACUAAUAAUAAUAAUAAUAAUAAUAAUGAAUAAAGUGCAAUGCCCUGGUUUUUAGUCCUUCGCUGAUUCAGGAACCACCCACUCCCGCCCGGAACCCAAUCAAAUCGUUUAGCCGCUCAUCAUUAUCCCGCGCCCGAUGAUUCUCCAGUUCAACUCGUGCGACGCCGUGCAUCGUCGAAGCUGUCAAUCAUCACAACACAAAAUCAAAAUGCCAGGUUCAACUGUUCGCCAAUGCCCCCACUGCCGGAAUAAGAUGAAUUGCCGAAACCGGUGCUGUGUUAAGUGUGGAAAAUUGCUUGAUUUUAAACACAGACAAUCAGUACGAUUGGCAAAGUUUCGUGCCCAAGCCCAACAGUGGGCAAAAACAACUAUUCAGUCUCGGAAUCAAUCAAAAGUUCUUGACAAUGUAAAUGUCAUGAUGGAAAAGCUUAAAGCUCUUGGAUAUGUACCUCUUCUUUUCCUGGGGAAAUUUUCCAAGGCCCAAAAGUGGACAGCAGAGGCCCAAUGCCCCCUUGAGUUCCCACCUGAGGGACAUGGUGUGAUGGAAAAAAUGCUCAUAAUUUUUGAGCAUAUUUUACAGGGUUUAACUCCAGAAAAAGAACAAGAGGUCACAGAACAUAAUGAGGCAGAAAGUCAGGACUUGACAGAAACUGUAGAAGAUGAAGAGAACAUUGUAGAAGUGGAAAGACUGGAGGAUGAAGAGCAGAUCAAUAAACAACAGAUAGAAAGUAGAAAGGAAGAACCAGAGAGGCCUGUUGAGGAAGAGAGAGACAAAAGUCCAGAAAAAGAUCAAGAGGUCAUCAAAAGUGAUGAGAAAGAAAGACAAGACUUGAAAGAGACUGUAGAAGAUGAAGAGAACAUUGUAGUGGAGGAUAAUGUAGAAGUGAGAAGACUGGAAAAUGAAGAGCAGAUCGAAGAACAACAGAUAGAAGGUAGGGAGGAAGAACCAGAGAGGCCUGUUGAGGAAGAGAGAGACAAAGUGACAAAAAAGACUGAACAGGCAAAGGGGUGAAGAAACAGACAGAGAAAAGAAAGUUUAAUGCACUUGAGAUGGAGGCAAUGGAAGAGAGAAGAGAGAUGGAGGGAGUCAUAUUAAAAGCAGAUUGCAAAUCACCUGUCAACAUGGCAGCAAAAAGAAAGUGCCAAAAAAAGAUAGACGCAGCCUGUGACCCGAAACCGAUCGAACUCAGCCACCUUGAAGGACAUCUGAAUUCUCUAAUUCAGGGGUCACCAGACUCGGUCCUGGAGUUCCCGGUGAGUUUAGCUCCAAAGCAUCGAAUCAAGGUCUUGCCAGGUAUACUUGAAACAUCCAGGCAGGUGUGUUGAGUUAAACUCUGCAGGACACCGGCCCUCCAGGAUCAAGUUUGGUGACGCCUGCUCUAAUUGCACCUGAGGAGGUGAAGAACGAGGAAUGAGGAAGCUUCCAGAGGAGCUAAGAGCAAGAAAACACAGGUUGGGGUGGAGCUAAGACACAAGGAAAGGAAACAGGAUUUAGAAAUAAGAAAUGCACCCUAGUAAUCCUGAAGACACUGAUUAGCUGGAUCAGAAUGUCCAUUCCAUGCAUCUCUGGACACAUUUGCUGUGGAUUUUGUUUCUAGGAGGCGUCUCAGAAAGGGACGUAAAGAGGUCUUGGUGCAUUGGUUGCCAUGUCCAUCCUGUAAGAAGACAUGGCCACCCACCUGGGAGCCUGAGGAUAAUGUUCAACUUACCCUCAGUCAGUGUUAAUUACAUUACCGGUACAUAAUGACAGUUUGUUUGUUUGUCCAUUUGAGUUCACAGUUUCUGUUGUAGUGGACAAAUAAAGGUUUGUGUUUUCACUAUGUGCAACUUGGUCUUCUAUUUAUAUAUUUU